UAGCAUGUUUACCAACUGUCGUAAAAACCUGGAAGAAGAAAGCGAUCGACUCGCGUCUUUAUGACGACAGAUUCAAUAAAGAAAGAGAAAUGUCGUUAAUGAGCUUUCUCCCCGUGCCGACUCAGCUGUCUCAAGACCAGCUUGAGGCAGAAGAGACAGCCAAGGCACAGAGGUCCCAUUCCACAGCGCUGGUGUUAACUCGUCGAGAACCUCCUCCAUAUGGCUCCCGGAAAGGAUGGGUGCCUCGCACUUCCGAGGAUUUUGGCGAUGGUGGAGCAUUUCCAGAGAUUCAUGUGGCUCAGUACCCGCUUGAAAUGGGCAGGAAGAAGAAAACCUCCAAUGCCCUAGCCUUACAGGUGGAUGCGGAGGGGAAGAUCAAGUACGAUGCGAUUGCUCGUCAAGGACAGGGAAAAGAUAAGGUCAUAUUUAGUAAAUAUACAGAUUUGCUUCCGAAGGAAGUGCUUCAUGAUGAUGUCCCUGAACUGCAGAAACCUGAUGGGGAGGCAGUUAAAGAGCUCACAGAAAAGACCAGAGCUGCUCUGGAGAAGCAGGUGUCCCAGAAGAUAGCUGCAGCCAUGCCUGUACGAGCAGCAGAUAAACAGGCCCCAGCACAGUACAUACGGUACACACCUUCACAGCAGGGCGUGGCAUUUAAUUCUGGUGCCAAGCAAAGGGUCAUUCGGAUGGUGGAGAUGCAGAAAGACCCAAUGGAGCCACCACGGUUCAAGAUUAAUAAGAAGAUUCCUCGUGGCCCUCCCUCUCCUCCUGCUCCAGUCAUGCACUCUCCCAGCAGAAAGAUGACUGUGAAAGAACAACAAGAAUGGAAGAUUCCUCCCUGCAUUUCCAACUGGAAGAAUGCCAAGGGCUACACAAUACCACUGGACAAGCGUCUAGCUGCUGAUGGAAGAGGUCUUCAGACGGUUCACAUCAAUGAGAAUUUUGCCAAGUUAGCUGAGGCUCUCUACAUUGCAGACAGAAAGGCACGAGAGGCAGUGGAGAUGCGCGCUCAGGUGGAAAAGAAAAUGGCCCAAAAAGAAAAGGAGAAAAAAGAGGAGAAGCUCAGGGAACUGGCAAAGAUGGCCCGAGACAGGAGAGCAGGGAUCAAAAGCCAUGGAGACAAAGGUGGUGACGACGGUGAAGUUCGGGAGCGUGAUGAGAUCCGCCAUGACCGGAGGAAGGAGAGACAGCACGACAGGAACAUCAGCAGAGCUGCCCCUGAUAAAAGGUCUAAAUUGCAAAGGGACCAGGACAGGGACAUCAGUGAGCUGAUUGCCCUGGGUCAGCCCAACCCGCGGAUCUCCAGCGAGGCUCAGUAUGAUCAGCGACUCUUUAAUCAGAGCAGGGGAAUGGACAGUGGCUUUGCGGGAGGAGAGGAUGAGGUAUAUAAUGUAUAUGACCAGCCCUUUGGGAGAGGCAGAGACAUGGCACAGAACAUCUACAGACCCACCAAGAAUACAGGCAAGGAUGUGUAUGCAGAUGACCUGGACACCCUCAUACAGAGCAACAGAUUUGUUCCAGAUAGGGAGUUUUCUGGUACGGAUCAUGGCCCACGUAGGGAUGGACCUGUCCAGUUUGAAGAAGAUCCUUUUGGUCUGGACAAGUUCUUGGAAGAGGCCAAGCAACACGGUGGCUCCAAGAGGCCGUCAACCACCGGGCGCUCAAAGGACUAUGAUCAUGACAAGAAGCGCAGGAAGGAGUGAGCAGUGAUUUCCAGUACUCAUUACACCAGCUUUAAAGAUCAAUCCAUAUGGAAAGCUUCUUUUAGUAAUCUUCUCUGGUAAUUCCCAAAUGACUAUAAAAAAAAAAAUGCAGAAUGUCUUGUGUAUUAACUUUAUUAUUAUUUUUUUUUUUUACAGCAGAUGUCAAUACAUAGAGCCACCAAUUAUAUUACUGAUUUGAAGCUGACCUUGUAAAAAGUGAUGGGGCCCUGGCAAAGGCACUCAUUCUUUUAAUUUUCAUAAUAAAGUUUGUAUUAUAAAAGUUGUGAAAUAAUUUACCAACCAAGGAAGUCGUGCAUAACUUGCUUGUGUUCUGUAUUUUUUAAAGUUUAGUUUUAUCCCCUGGCCUGUGCAUUUGUAUCGUGUCUCUCCUCCCCCCUCCUCUCGGGUAAAAUAACCAAUUCCUUGUUUUCAGUUUCAGUGCUACUGUAUCAAAACUAAUAACUUCCCUCUUAAGCAUGUAGUAGCCCUGUUUCCCUAUGUUUUCCCUACAUAGUUUGUCUGAGGAGUAUUUAAACAUCCAGUGAAGUGUGGCGUAUGUGGGCUUCUGUUGUUGAAUAAAUCAGUCAUAUUCAUGUUUCAGAUCGACAA